UGGAAGUCAGUUUUAGCCGACCCCUAAAGCCUAUCUCGGGAAAGACUAAAGUGAAUUAUUCGCUGAGCAACGGAUUACGGAUGUGUAAAUUCAAAUGCACAAGCGAAUAAGGAAUUUACUGAGACUUUUUGAGCCAACUGACAACUGCCAAUGACGAUCAUGCUGAAACUGUAUAAAACCCAGUAACAGAUCAUCUGAAAAUGUCGGAAGAGGUUAGUGAUAAUAGGGAAAUGACUGGGGUGGAAUUAGAAAAGGAAAAUGAUGACCAUGGUGAAGUUGUAGACGAAACGACAGACCUACAGCAGAUUCAAAAUGAGAUUGACAAAACUGGUAUAUCUAUGGAAUCGAUUAGUAUAUCUGAGAAACGGAUGGAAUUAAAAGCUGUUGAGUGUGGUAAUCUUGAAGCUGUAGAAGGUGCAGAAAGUGACCAAGAAAAUCUUUCAGGAAAAGCUGGUAUACACGGGAGAUCGGUUGGGAAAUGUGAGAAACCGGCUGAAUUAAAAGCUGAUAGUGUUAGUCAUUUUGGAGUUGCGGAUAACACAUUAAAGGAUCUAGAGAAAAUGUCAGAAGAGAUUAAUAAGAAUUGGGAAUCGCUGGCGAUCUUUGAGAAACCGAUGGAGUUAAUAACUGCAAAGGACGGUAAUUUUGAAAUUGUAGAAGAUACAGUAAGGGAUCUAGAGAAAAUUGAGUCUCCAUUAAAUGUUGUUGCUAUAGCAGGUCUGUACAGAACAGGAAAAUCAUAUCUGAUGAACCGUUUGGCCGGCAAGACAAAUGGAUUUAUUCUUGGAAGUUCUAUAGAAUCAACAACAAAAGGUGUAUGGGCUUGGUGUAAAACGCAUCCAACAAAAGAAUCUCAUGUUUUACUGCUUUUGGAUACUGAAGGUCUAGGAGAUGUUAAAAAGGGGAGCAUCGAUCAUGACAACAAAAUAUUUACCAUUGUCACUCUCCUCAGUAGCACACUCGUAUAUAACACGAUGUCUGCCUUCAACCAAGAUGCAGUUGAGAAACUUACAUAUAUCACUAUGUUGUCAAAGAACUUGAAAGUCACGUCAAGCAGUUCUUCAGAUGAAUCGCUCGAUUGUAUAAUGCCACAAUUUGUGCUGUGUUUACGGGAUUUUAAUCUAGAGCUACGCAUUGAUGGUAAAGAAAUCACUGAGGAUGAAUACCUAGAGGACUGCCUCAAGACCAAAGAAGUAAAAACGCCAGAAGACGACAAAUACAAUCGUCCCAGAGAGUGCAUUAAAAAGUAUUUUACACGUAGGAAGGUGUUCACAUUCGACAGACCAGCAGGAAGAAGUGUCAUGAGACGUUUAGACACAGCUCGAGAUGAGGACCUUAACGAGGAGUUUAUCCAAGAAACAGAGCGGUUCAUGUCCUAUGUAUAUGACUGUCCCGAGAAAGUUCUUCUUAACAAAUUGCCAGUAACAGGCAGCAUGUUAGCAAAACUUAUACGGUUCUACGUAAAAGCAAUAAACGAAGGAAGUGUUCCAUGUGUCGAGGAUGCAAUGAUGACAAUGUCAAGAUUAGAAAACGAGCGACAUACAAAGAAUGCCGUGGAGGAAUACAAAGCGCUGAUUAAACAAAUACAACUGCCAGUCUUUGACAAAAAGACACUACAUAAUUCUAAUUUGAAAUACCAAGAAAACACUUUAUCAAAAUUACAUUCUAAACUAUUGUUUGAUACAGACAAAAAGAUUGAAAAAGCUACAAAGGCUGAAAUGCAAACACUAUAUGAACAACUCGACCAGCAAAACGGAGACCUUUUAUAUGAACAUUGCGUUGAUAAGCUCCAUGAAAUGCACAAGAAAAGUAUUAAGAUUAACAAAGAAAAGGGAAAGUAUGCUGUCGCUGGAGGACAUACAAUUUACAACAAAGACAUGCAUGAUCUUUUCGAGGAGUAUAAUAAAGACCUCGAAACUACUGAGUUUGCUGAGAGGCAAAGGGCUCAAAGCGAUUUUGAAAGAAGAAUGCUAUCGGAAAGCAAAAUGAUAAUGGAUGUAGACAAAGCAAAGUCGGAGAAGGAAAUAAAAGGUACAUAUAGUACAUCCUCACUUUGUGUUGCGAUUUUUCAUUUAUAUGUACAUGUAGUUUGUUUUUAUUUUAUAAUUAUCAUAAAUUACGCUCUUGCAUUAACUAAGUGUUAAC